CUAGCAGCAACAGCAGUAGCAGCAGCAUGCGGGUAUAAAAUGACUUAUUUUAAAGCGCUACGCUUUCCAGCGGUUCGAUCAGUUGCACUCGUGGUGUUGAAGAGGUAGUGCUCGAAAGUGGUCUCCUUGCUCUAUCAAGCUAUUUUUCAUAUAUUUAGAGGAAAUCAGAACGUCGCAAACCGAGCAGUGAUUGACGCAGACUUGUCCGAUCGACGAUUCCAGGGGAGAGCCCCGCGAAAAGGAGAAACUACUGGACUGUGUUGUUUUUUGUUUUUACGUCGAUUACCGGAGGAAGCCAAAGUUACAAGGUAAUCCAGACAACCGUCGGAUUUGUGCUGUGCCUGCGUCUGCCUGUCCUUGUUUCCAAGCAAACGCCCAGAUCGGAACCCCGACGACGGGCAAAGGUUGGAGAGUUCGUGUGUACUAAAAACAAAAAAUAAAACAAGUCAGUGUCCUUUGAGCGUCGGUGAUUACCGUAGGAAGAAGGAAAGCUACAAGGUGAACGAAUAUACUGCAAUUUGGAUCGUACUCGUUAUUAAGAGGGGAAAAAAGCAACAAACGGCGUAGGAUUCGUAAUCGUUUGUAUAGUUUGAAAGUCAAACAAAGGAUUUAGCAUGCAGGCGGAACAGAAUUGAGAAACUUUGAUCGCUACAUAAGUUUGAAAACGACAGCCGAAAGUGAUUGUAGUUCUAUCAGUACCGAGACUGUGAUCAAAUUGUGUUUGCCACUAGAAACAUAAACCAGCUUGACGAAGGACGUACAGCGAGAGUUGUUGCGUUGACAGAAGGUUUACUAUCCUCGUUCAACAUAAAAUCUUGCGCGUUCUCGGACAUCAAGGUUCAAACGGGUGAAACGGAAUCGCGCACAGCUUUGACUUUGUUUUUGGACUGAUCGUGACGUCGUGCGAAUAGAAGUGCGCUGCUCAACUUUACGCAACCGACCGCGGGUUGAAUGUGUACCACGGAAAUCCACACCAUCGAUUUUAUUUUCAUUUUCAACAAAAACUGCUCCAAGCUGGUAGACCAGAUUUAGCCCAGCUCCACUGCAGAAGACGAUUGAUCAACGGCCAACAGAAACUGUUCCAAGAUGCGAUCGCAAGCGUUUAUUCGAAUUGGCGGAUUGCUGAUAAUCCCGGUGCUGGUGACGCUGCUGCCGUCGUUUUUGGACGCAUCACCAGUUCCGGCACCACCAAAUGGAGCUGACAGCGAGCUGUUACACCACAUCACUCGGUCCCGGUAUUGCGGUCGCAAGUUGACAGAAACUUUGGCCAUGCUGUGUCAAGGCCGCUACCCAAUGAUGAGUCACCAUCGUACAGAAUAUCUCUCAGACCAACCGCAGGCCCCAAUGGAUAUUGAAGUGGAAACCCUGCCGGAAAACGGUUCGCAUGGGUUUCCCUUCUCACGGUCGAAGGGUCAUCGAAGGGUACGCCGGGCGGGAAUCUACGAUGAGUGCUGCAAGAAAAGUUGCUCAUAUAACGAGCUGAGAAGUUACUGCGAAUGAUUUCCCAUCUGCGGCGGUGUCUCGAAAGCAACCCCGGACAAUCGCAUUGUCCGAACUUUUAUUCCCCUCCGACAUCCGGCUCUAUGGGUGCAACGACGAAGGGGGUUUCUGCGGCGACGUAAAAGGACCGCCCUGGUGGCAGGCUGUUUGGGUAUCUCAGGCGCAACGAUCACCACAACAUGGGCAACUGAAUGAGCGUGUGUUUGAUGUGGAAAAAAAUUAUUUUUUUUUAUUAGCAGAUGCUUCAAGUUAGUUAGUUAGAUUUUUAUUUCAACUGCAUUGACGUAUACUGAAUUUCGUGAGCAAACAAAAUUUACGAAUGAAAAAAAAAGAAAAAACAAAGAAAACAAUACGUGACUGAAGUAUUUUAAACGCAAACCUAGAAGCGAUUAAAGGAAUAUUUUUUAAGUCUCAAGCAUGCAUUUCUGUGUUUAGGAACAAGGAACGGACAGUGAGCUUAAUUCGUUUGUAGACAACCGAGAAAAUUACUACUUUUUAGGGGUUCUUUCCUUGUUCCGUACAAGUGACUCUUCCAUUGUAUUUAUUAGAUUCCCCAUCCUGAAUAGUUAGAGCAAGCUACGAACUAGCCUAUUGUGAGCAAACUAUUACGAACGAUUCAAAUGCAAGUGUAUGUUAUUCAGCUGAUUUAUUUAUUAUCGCCCAACAUGAUAUCUAUUUUAUUUCAUCACAAACUGUAGCCUAAUCUAGAGAGUUUAGUUACUACGGCAAAUUGAUGAGACGAAAGGAAUGAGUGACAAUUCCCGGUUAUAAGUUCGAGAAAAGUUAUUCAAAAUUAAUUUUCGAAAUUCUAGCAGAUUACAAGUCACUGCAACUCCUUUCGUUUCCAAUGCAAACCAUACAAAGUACUAAAAUCGGCAAAAGGUUAUGUUUCUAUUCAAUUGUGACCCUCCACAUUCUAUAGCUCUAGCUCGUAAGCCAUCAUCUUUUGUAUCGAUUGUGAUCAUCUCACUUCUUAACAUAUGCAAGAAGUAAAAUAAAACUGUACGAAAUUAAAACACAGUUCAUUAAUAUUUUUUACAAAUUUAA